AUGUUUGCUUUGCCGUUCUUUACUAUUUUAUCCUGUUCCAUAACACCUAGCACUUUCUCUGCUGGUGCCCUGGUUAUGUUUGUGAAAAAAGCCAAUGGAUCUCUACAACUGGUUGUUGACUAUAGGAAGCUUAAUGAUGUCACUCACAAAAAUGUAUACCCCCUCCCCAGGCAAGACAACUUGAUGGCUAAACUCCAGCAUGCAAAAAUAUUUACCAAACUUGACUUGCGCUGGGGGUACAACAAUGUCUGGAUCAAGGAGGGUGAUGAAUGGAAGACAGCAUUUAGGACCAAAUACAGGCUAUUUGAAUAUCUUGUAAUGCCUUUUGGCCUAACCAAUGCCCCUGCUGCCUUCCAACAUUUUAUGAAUGACUUAUUCAGGGACCUAAUUGAUGUUACAGUGGUUAUUUAUUUGGACAACAUCUUAAUAUUCUCAGAAGACCUUAAGGAACACCCAACCUAUGUCAGGGAAGUCCUAUCAAGGCUAAUGAAGAACCAAUUAUUUUGCAAGUUGUCCAAAUGCCAUUUCCAUGCCACAACAGUGGAUUACCUAGGCAUCAUCAUAUCCCCAGCAGGAUUUUCAAUGGAUCAAAAAAAGAUUGAGGCAGUCACGUCAUGGCCUCAACCUAGAACAGUCAAACAGGUCCAGGCAUUCUUAGGCUUUGUCAACUACUUGCACUGUUUCAUCCCCAAUUUCAGCUUGGUUGCACACCCACUCCACAACCUCACCAGGAAGGAGAUGCUCUGGGUCUGGGGUAGUCAAGAAGAGGAGGUGUUCCAGGAAUUGAAGUCCCUGGUCACCCGCUCACUGGUACUAAUUCACUCCAACCCAGACCUCCCCUACUACCUAGAAACUGAUGCAUCAGGAGUAGCCAUGGGAGCCAUCCUUAGCCAAAGAGGAGCAGAUAAUUGUCUUCACCCAAUUGCCUAUAUGUCCAAGUCAUUUUCAGGAGCAGAAGCCAACUACAAUACUCACAAUAAGGAACUUCUUGCAAUCAUCAAAGCCCUAGAAGAAUGGCAAAUCUUCCUAGAAGCAAUGGAAAAACCAGUACAAGUGUUCACCAAUCACUGCAACUUGGAAUACUGGAUGCAGGCCCAAACAUUCAACUGCAGGCACACCCAGUGGCACAUAUUCCUGAGCAACUUCAACUUUGAAAUCCACUAUUACCCAGGAAAGCAAUCAGGAAAGCCAGAUGCCCUAUCCAGAAGAGCAGACUAUGUUGACACCCCCCAGGAGCCCAAAAUUAUGCUGCCAACCAAGGUCUUUGCCAAUGCCUCUCAGGAAGAGUUAGAAAUUGUCACAAAAAUUUGCUCCAAACUGAGAGAAGACCCUUCCCUUGAGCCAAUCAUCCAAUUCCUAACUAAGGAUGCUGAUAAUGCACCACCUUCCAUCUGCAAGGCCUACCAAGACUACAACUGGGAAGAAGACCUGCUAUGGUACCAUGGAAAAUUAGUGGUUCUGGACUCAGAACCACUAAAAGAAAGACUACUAAGGGAAUUCCACAAUUCACCCCUGGCAGGCCACCCAGGACAACAACAGACCUUAGAGCUACUCAGUAGGAACUAUUGGUGGCCAGGAAUGAAAUCCUCUGCCAAGGAAUGGGUUGAAUGCUGUCCCACUUGUCAAGCCAAUUGCUGUCCCCAUGCACUGGUCAUUGCCUUAAAACCCCUAGAAGUUCCCCCCUUUCUGUUCCAUACAAUUUCCUAUGACUUUAUCACAGGGUUCCCCAAGUCUCAGGGACACAAUGCAAUCUUGGUAAUCAUAGACUCCUUCUCCAAGUUUGGUCACUUCAUUCCCACCUUGAAAAAGGUCACAGCAAAAGGACUUGCAGAUUUGUUCAUUAUCCAUGUUUGGAAACUUCACAGAUUAGCAGUCAAAACUGUCUCAGAUUGCAGAACAACCUUUACAGGAAAAUUCCUUAGAGCUCUCUACCAACAACUUGGGGUCAAACUGGCAUUUUUCUCUGCCUACCACCCUGAAUCAGAUGGACAAAUGGAAAGGGUGAACCAGUUUAUCAAAUUCCACCUUUGUUCCUAUGUAGCUGCCAAUCAUUCAGACUGGGCUGCUUGGCUACCUCUGGCAGAAUAUGCAUACAAUAAUGCCAAGCACGCAUCCACAGGAAAAACUCCCUUUGAAUUGGUCUAUGUGUUGUAG